AUGGACCUCCAACCGAGAUCCCCGUCAUUACUAACUCCAAACCGCUCACCAACCGAUUCACCAUUUCCCGGAAGACGAUCACUCCCUCAAACGCCCACGCAACGACUCAGGAGAUCUUUACCUUCAACGCCAAGAAGCGCGUCUCCCCGUCCGAUCCCCGCACAGUUGGCCCAUUUGGACGGAGUCUUCCCGCCAGCGUCAAGUAGUGGAGCAUCGAGUAAAGCGUCGAGCUGUGAGGCCUCACCCCGUCAGCGUUCCCCAAGGCGACGACAGUUAGCCUCUCGAAGAGCUCCGGUGGCGAUGCGCGAUAGCGGUUUCGUCGAAUCGUCGUCAACUCAGGACGCCGAAGAAGAGGAUACAAUGGGACAAUUGAGGAGUUUUGAUAUGACUAAAGGUGGCCUCAUUGAUCGCGGUUUUCAAACGCGUCCCCCGCAACCAAUUGUGCCAAAUUUGUUGGCAAGACGAGCCACUGAAUGCGAAGAAAGCGGGCAAUCAAGAAGUAUAAAUUUUCUGCUGAAUGGAGAGGAAGUUCAGCUAGAGAUUCUCUUGGAAUCAGCGUUAGAGACUUCCCCCUUCUCUCCUCAUAUCACGAUGUUCAUGGUUGUUUACUCGGUAACUUCUCGUGAAAGUUUCACAACAGCCGCUAAUUUAUUAUAUCGAAUAUUUCAGCAUCGAAAAAAUACGCCCGUUCCUGUGAUUUUAGUUGGGAAUAAAAUGGAUUUGAAACGAAAGAAACUCGUUGGAACGAUUGAAGGUCGAAUGCUUGCCAAGAUCUACAAGUGCGCUUUUGUGGAAUUGUCGGCGCUAAUGGCGAUGAAUGUGGACACGAUGUGGAAAGAGAUUCUCACACAGAUUCGCGGUGUUGAGGCUGAUAGCCGGAGUCUUCUUGAACGACUCGUUGAUCGGGGUCGAUCAAUUGCGCGGAGUUGCGAGGAGAUCGUUCAUCGCAUUCGUCGCGGUGGCGAUGGGCUGAGUGAUUUGAGGGAAAUGAACGAGCCAAAAGAGGAGGAUGGCCAAGAGAAACAAGUGAACGAG